CGUUGCCAUGACGUCCUCCGCAGACAUCCCAGCGUUGGACAGCCUCUCCAUGUCCUCGCUGCUGUCUGGGGACCUGGACGACAUAAAAGAGGGUGAAGAGGGUGAGCUGGCUGACCUGGAAGUGAACCCGUAUGAUAGUUUGCCCUUCUCAUCUCGCUACUACGCCCUGCUGGAGGAACGACGGAAGCUUCCCAUCUGGGGCCUGAAAUACAGCCUGCUGGAGCUCCUGGAGACUCACAGCAUGGUGGUGCUAAGUGGAGAAGGGGGCACGGGCAAAAGCACACAAGUGCCUCAGUGGUGCGUGGAAUACGCCCUCUCUCUGCAGUUUACCGAAGGCUUCGUUUGCUCCUGCCAACCACACCUAGCAGCAGCUUGUAGUCUGGCGAUCCGUGUGGCUGAUGAGAUGGACCUGAGUCUGGGGAUAGAGGUCGGCUACAGGGUUCCUCACGAUGACGGCUGCACGCCAGACACUUUACUACGGUUCGUGACGGACGCACUCCUGCUGGAAGAGAUGAUGUCAGACCCACUGCUGCGACGCUACGGCGUGCUGGUAGUUGACGAGGCCCAGGAACGCACCGUGGCCAGCGACGUCCUUCUGGGUCUGCUCCGUGACGUGUGCCGGCAGCGUUCAGAGCUGCGCGUGGUGGUCCUCUCAACACCCCCCGUUGCCGCUACCAUCGCAAGCUUUCUGGGGGACGGAGUACCUCACCUUAAGAUCCCCCCCGCACCUGACCGGACCGUAACGGAGACGCUGUAUCGAGACCCGCCAGCUGGACGAGAACUCGCUGCAGGAGCGUGCCACAUCGUGCUCGAUCUCCACCGGCGAGGAGAGGAAGGGGAUAUACUGGUCUUCCUUCCCAGUGCACAGGAAAUCGGCGAGUGUGCGGCCCUGCUGGAGACGGAGUGUGUGGCUCUGAGCCCUCAGCUAGGAGCAUUGCGGGUGCUGCUGCUACACUCUGGCCUCGGCGGAGCAGCACAGCACCUGUACAGUGCGGACGGAGACCAGAGCCAAUCGGAAACAAAUGAAGAGGAGAAGCCCGAGUCAAGUUUGAGGCGCAGGGUCAUCCUUACGGAUGCUCUAGGAGAGGCCUCCUUUUCACUGCCCAACAUUCGUUAUGUCGUUGACACUGGUCUGGAACUCAAAACUGUAUACAAUCCACAAAUCCGAGCCGACUCUCAGGUUCAGAGGCCGAUCAGCAAACACCAGGCAGAUGCACGAUCUGAAAGAGUGAACAGCAAGUUGCCAGGAGUUUGUUUUCGGUUGUACAACAAAUACCUGUAUGAUGAGGGAAUGCCUGAAGCUCGCUGUCCUGGAGUAGCUGAGGCCAACCUGAGCCACCUGGUCCUGCUUCUUAAAAGACUGGACAUAGCAGACAUGGGCCAGUGCAAGUUCCUAGACCGGCCAGCUCCAGAAGCACUGAUGCAGGCUCUUGAGGACCUGGAUUACCUGGCGGCUCUGGACGAUGACGGCAAUCUGUCCGAAGUGGGAAUCAUCAUGUCCGAGCUCCCUCUAGAACCGCCGCUGGCCAAAGCUCUCAUCGCGGCCUGCGAGUUCGACUGUGUAAAUGAACUGCUAACCAUUGCUGCCAUGCUUACUGCUCCUUCAUGCUUUGUUACACCUCCACCAAAUAAAGUGGAAGCAGCUGCAACUCAUAGACGCCUUCUUAUGCACCCAGAAGGAGACCAUCUCACCCUUAUCAACAUCUUCAACGCCUACCUACAGCAUAAUGAAGAUGAAGCCUGGUGCACCACCAACUUCCUAAAUGCCUCAGCGUUACGAUUGGCUGUGACAAUCAGAGCGGAGCUGCUGGAGGUUAUGCAGCGAAUCGAGUUGCCGGUUUCGCCUCCUGCAUUCGGCCUCCAGGACAACACUACGAAUAUAAAGCGGGCUGUCAUCUCUGGGUUCUUUCUUAAGGUUGCUCAUGAUGUAGAUGGCUCAGGGAAUUAUUUACUCUUGACACAUCGGCAUGUGGCUCACCUUCACCCCUUCUCCUCGUACCUGAGUCGCCGGCCACGUCCCAGUCCUCCCAGCUGGGUCCUGUACCACGACUUCACCAUCUCCCAUGACAACUGCAUCCGUACUGCCACGGAGAUCCACCCUCACAUGUUGGUGGAAUUAGCUCCUCAGUACUAUUUGGGCAACCUUCCUCCCAGUGAGGGUAAAGACCUGUUAAUGGAAAUCAGACAGAGUCUCCUUUCCCAGGAUGAAGAAGAGAACGAAGAAGGUGAAGAGAAAAGGCACAGAGACCGGUCAGAAGAGCAUCGAGAACAGUACAGUACUGAGAUGUGUGUGCUACAGUGAUGCACUCAGGCCUGAUCUCACGUUGUACUGGGAUUGUACAAGUACACUACACGGCAGCGAUUAGUUCAGUUUCCAACUGAGAUGCAGAAGCUGAUGCUCAUGGGUCAUGUGCAGUGCAGUGCAGUUACUGUAUGUAACCAUGAGCUACAAUGUACAAGUUCAGCUCAUUCUGGCAUUGGCCUUUUGCCUGAAGUUCAACACAUUUUUGUAUAAAAGUGCUACAAGUACUUUUUUUAAACACACAAGAACAUUAUAAAAGAUUUCCAACCACAAGAGCCUUGAGGGCACAGACCAGUACCCCUAAGGUUUGUCAACUCUGCCACCCAACUCAUGCCUGUUUUUCCGACAUGUGCACAGCAUUCUGCACAGGCGUCUCUUCCCCCAAUCAGGGUCCUUAAACAGCAUAUGAAGACCACCCACCCACCUACAAACACACACAGUCUCCCCAACCCCCCAGAUACGGUGGCAAAUUAGUAUCUGCUGUAGACACUGCCAAUUAUGCCCAGCUGACCGGUGGCAAUGCCGAAUUUCGAACCGAGGAGUUUAGAAUCUUGGCACAAGUGUGCUAGCGUAAUAUACCGCUGUGCCACCUGGUCACAUCACAAAUGCUAAUUUUUCUUUAUAUAUAUAUUUUUCUUUAUGCAUUUUCUCCCUUUUUAGUGCGUCCAAUUGCCCCAUUGCAUCACGCUUCCUCUCCACCAAUGCCGAUCCCCGCUCUGAUUGAGGAGAACGAAGCUAACCCACGCCCCCUCCGACACGUGGGCAGCAUGACGUAUGCAUCUUAUCACCUACACUUUGACGAGUGCAGGGCAGCUCAGCGUUGUGUACGGAGAGACACACCCUGAGAGCACUCUUUUCUCAUCUCUGUGCAGGUGCCAUCAAUCAGCCAGCAGAGGUCGUAAUUGCACCGGUCAUGAGAGAGAGACCCCAUCCGGCUUAGUCCCGCCCAUAUGAACAACAGGCCGAUCGUUGUUCAUGUGGCCGCUCAGCCGGCAAGGUAGAGCCGAGAUUCGAUACGAUGUAUUCGAGAUCCCAGCUCUCGUCAAGAUUCCAAUGGGGUCUAGAUCUGGCCUUUGUGCAGGCCACUGGAUUUCCUACACACCAAACAUGUCAAACCAAGUCUUUAUGGACCUCACAGGAGCACAGUCAUGCUGGAACAUAAAGUUGGAAGUUCAAUAUAAAAUUUGAUAGAAAACAGCAAAAGCAUAAUAAUACAGUAAUACAGAUUAGAACGAGGUUAAUUUAUGAUAUUCAAAAAUCAAUUCAAAAUAGCAAAAUGAACAGACCUGAUUCCUAUUGAGGCGCUCAGUGGUGCAGCGGUACAUCAUGCUAGCCCACUGUAGCUGAGAUACAGGGUUCGAAUCUCAGUGGUGCUACUGGCACAGCAUUUUCUAAUUAAAAAGCCCCAAAGUUUCCCAAUUCCCUUAUAGAUAUUUAUUUAUUUAGAUAUAGAUAGAAUGAUUUAUUAGGAUUUUAACGUCAUGUUAUACACCUUUGGUCACAUUUAUGACAGGUCAGACAGUUACAGGCUACUACGACUGUUGGAGGAAACACAAACUCCUGAAGGAAACCCACACUGACAUGGGAAGAACAUGCAAACUCCACACAGAAAGGACCCAGACCGCUCCACCUGAGAAUGAAACCCAGGACCGAUGUGUCUCGAUGUGAGGCGACAGUGCUGCCCACCAACCCAGUGUGCCACACCUUUAAUUGAUAGACAGACACAGUACCACAGUACCAGUAACACUACAUUUAUUAGAGCACACUACCUUGCAGCCCCAUUGUAUUUGAUAUGCAUAGAUAAAAUGAAAUUCUACUGUCCAUGCUUCAGGUUUGUAUAAAGUAAAGGUGGUGGGAUGAUAGUCCAGGGAAACUUGUCCCUUACAGAUGGACUGAUGAUGACUAGAUUCUCAGGGUUCCAUCUUGGACACUUUUAAUUUUGCUGACUGGAAGAUUUUUCUUUUCUACUUUGUACUUUUAUUCUACUUCUGUUAAUAUGUUGUGUGUAAAUUGUGGGUGUGUAAAUACUUUAUUUUUUCAUUUUUAAUUAUUUAAAUGUGCAAUUUGUAUCAGCUGUACCUUAUUAAUUGGGCAGCCACUGAUCUGAUUCUGUGUGAAAUAUAUAAUAUUUAAAACUACAGCAUUGAAAUACACUGAUCAGCCAUAACAUUAAAACCACCUUGUUUCUACA